CGCCGGCCGCGCUCCCGCUCCGCGCUCACACGGGCUCCGCUGCACCGGCGCUGGACAUGGGCUCCGCGGGCACCCGCCCCGCUCUGGCGGCCGCUCUCCUCUGCCUGGCCCGCCUGGCUCUGGGCUCGCCCUGCCCCGCCGUGUGCCAGUGCCCGGCGGCCGCGCCGCAGUGCGCCCCCGGCGUGGGGCUGGUGCCGGACGGCUGCGGCUGCUGCAAGGUCUGCGCCAAGCAGCUGAACGAGGACUGCAGCCGAUCGCAGCCCUGCGACCACACCAAGGGGCUGGAGUGCAACUUCGGGGCCAGCCCCGCCGCCCUGAAGGGCAUCUGCAGAGCACAGUCCGAGGGAAGACCGUGUGAAUAUAACUCCAAAAUCUACCAGAACGGGGAGAGCUUCCAGCCGAACUGUAAACACCAGUGUACGUGCAUAGAUGGAGCUGUGGGCUGCAUCCCGCUCUGCCCGCAGGAGCUCUCUCUUCCCAACCUGGGCUGCCCCAGCCCCAGGCUGGUCAAAGUGCCCGGGCAGUGCUGCGAGGAGUGGGUCUGUGACGAAAGCAAGGAUGCACUGGAGGAGCUGGAAGGCUUCUUCAGCAAAGAGUUUGGUCCGGAUGAUUCCGAAGGCGAACUAACCAGGAACAACGAGCUAAUUGCCAUUGUGAAGGGAGGCCUGAAAAUGUUACCUGUUUUUGGAUCCGAGCCACAAAGCCGAGCUUUUGAGAAUCCCAAAUGCAUUGUGCAAACAACUUCUUGGUCCCAGUGCUCAAAGACAUGUGGAACUGGCAUCUCCACAAGGGUGACCAAUGACAAUGCUGACUGCAAGCUCAUCAAAGAGACCAGGAUAUGUGAAGUGAGGCCAUGUGGCCAGCCUAGCUAUGCCUCCCUAAAGAAGGGAAAAAAAUGUACCAAGACUAGGAAGUCUCCAUCCCCAGUGAAGUUUACUUACGCCGGAUGUUCCAGUGUGAAGAAGUACCGCCCCAAGUACUGUGGCUCCUGCGUGGAUGGCAGGUGCUGUACACCCCAGCAGACCAGGACUGUCAAGGUCAGGUUCCGCUGCGAUGAUGGGGAAACCUUCACCAAGAGUGUCAUGAUGAUCCAGUCCUGCCGAUGCAACUACAACUGUCCACAUGCAAAUGAAGCUUAUCCCUUCUACAGACUAGUCAAUGACAUCCAUAAAUUUAGGGACUAAGUUGUUGGGGGUGGGAUGCAAAACAGAAUUCUGAAGUAACCAGCCAUGGAGAAAGGACCUCUGAUGGAAAUGGUGCCUUGCCCAUUUGAGGGCAACAUUGAGAUGUUACAGGAGUGCACUGUGCAACUGGACACUAAUGCAACAGAGAUUUAAGCAUACUUAAAGCUUCAUAGUACUGGAGCAAUUUUACUGCUUCUUUUUGGAGCACCUUAUCUAAUUAUAUACUGUUUUCUGUUUGUAAGUGAUCAGAUAAAUGUUUUGUUCCGGUUAUGAAAACUUUACUGUUCUGUUCAAUUUAACACUAUGCUUCUCUCCAUCCCUCCAAUCUUCUCCCAUCCUUUCCCAACCAAGUUGGAAGUUACAUUCCUUCCUGAGGUGGGCACUUGUGGGGUGUUCACAAUGGCAGCUAUUAUGUACCAACUGUAGUUUAAUGGCAAACAGAAAUCAGUUGUUUUAAAGCUGAGUAUUUUAUUUAUCAACCUGUAGCUUUUGUUUUGUUUUUCUUUUUUUCUUUUUUUUUUUUUACCCCUUCCAGCCCCUGUAAUACUGGAAUAAGUUGUAAAUGAUUUUAAUUUUAUAUUCAAUGAAUUAAAAGAAUUUAUUUAUGGAAUUAAUCAUUUAAUAAAGAAAUAUUUACC